GGGUGAUUUUAUUCAUUGGUUUUAAUUUCAUGCAACUUUUUCCCUUGUCUUAAAUGAAGCUCAAACUGAGAAAGAACCUGGUUACCUCCCUUUACCUUUCUGGCCGCUCUGGUCCUUACCCUACUUCUCUAGGCUUACGAUACUGCUGUGUUCUUAUCUCAUUCUCUUGCUCUUUCCCAAUUAGUGUCCAUUUCAGUGUUGCUUUCAUUGUCAUCUCUUGUUUCCUAAACCUGUGGUGUCUUUUCAAGGAAACUGGCAUUGUUGUCGGGGAUUUGGGCUGCAGCCUGUGUCCUGGUGUUCCUUAGCUUGCUUGCCUUGCCAGUUUUGACUCUCAGUUGGCCUCACGUCUGAAAAUUCUGCGAAACUGGCACUUACCAGCCUGUGAUGAAAAUGGUGUCUGUCUUGUUUUUGGCUGAUUGAAUCUUUAACAUGUUUUGAAUGGCUUCUGUGUCCAACCCACCUUCGGCGUGAACCUUGCAAGCUGACUCCUACUUCUAAACUUGUACAUACAGUAGAUAUUUUGUCCCUGCAAAUACUUUUAGACACUGGAAUUCAGAUUUCAUAUGCUGUCCUAGAAAAUAGAAGCUUCACUGGCCUGAGCAAGAACUUGCUAAGAAGUCUGUUCUAAAUGCAGAAGACUCAUUGAUCCCUGACAACAAGAGAAGCCUUUCGCAUUUAUCCUCUGGAAUACUAAAGGACAUUUUCACAACUGGAACCAGUAGUUACAAUGUCCUACUGCAGAGCAAGGAGGAAAGAAAGCAUCAUUCACAAAAACAGUCCUCCUCCACCUACUCCAAAAGAUGUAGAAAGCCCAGCAAAUGCCCUAGCUCUUCUCAUAGCAGAGACCCUCACAGGACAAAAGGCCCGGUGCCCAUGGCAAGCAGUGGUACUUGGUGUUGCCUGGAGAGGCAGCCUGCUGCUUUUGUCACUAGCUCAGUGUCAAGUCCUGUAAAGUUUACCCGUGAUAUCUCUGUUACAGGGACCAGCAUAGUCUUGCCACCUAAACCUAAAAGCAAGAUCAAACGACGCCAUUUCUCUGCUCUGCCAAAGCCUAAGCAGCAGCCUCAGCUGUCUAGAAGCUUUGAAAAAGCAGAUGACUUUUCUGGAAAGAGAUUUUGCAUAUUGACUGCUAUAAAGCCUACCAACUUAGAGAAAGAAAAACUGAGAUUCUUUAAGUCUGACUAUACCCACAACCCCCAGUUUGAAUACGCCAACCCUGGCCUGCCAAGUGUGUUAGCUAAGCACAGCAAUGCAUCUGACCGAUUUCUGAAGCAGUCCAUCCGUAUCAUGGAACUGACUCUACAGAAGUAUGGAAGCUAUGAGAAGUUUGAGCAGGCCACAGGUGGCAGCCUGCUGUCAAGGCCACGCAUCUGGAGCCACGUGCGGAAGUACAUGACGAAGGAGGGCUGCCUGGGAGAGAUUGUGGUGCAUCUCACUGAGGACCUGCUGUCCCGAGCCUCGAUGACGGUUGUCAACGGGUGUCCUACUCUGACCAUCAAUGUGGCCACUGCUCGUGAGCACUGGCUGGAGGGGAUGUUACGGCAUGAGAUAGGCACACAUUACUUCCGAGGUAUCAACAACCUGCAGCAGCCGUGGAACAGUUGGAUGGGCCGCAGAAAACAUGAGCUGAAGCCCAACAACCCCACAGAGGAGGGCCUGGCGAGCAUCCACAGUGUCCUGUUCAGGAAGGACCCUUUCCUAUGGAGGGCCGCCCUCCUCUACUACACCGUGUACCAGGCCAGCCACAUGUCGUUCUGUGAACUCUUCAGAGACAUUGGCAAGUUUGUCAAGGACCCCAAUACCCGAUGGGAUUACUGUGUACGAGCCAAGAGGGGCUGGACCAACACCUCCCAGCCAGGGUGUUUCAGUAAAGACCAAGUCUACUUGGAUGGCAUCCUUCAAAUCCUCCGGUACCGGGAGUCCAUAGACUUUCACCUCCUGACGGCCCUGGGGAAGGUGAGGAAGCCCAAGGUGUGGUCUCCACACUGCCGUUCAGCGUUCAGCAUCGCCAGGCCUCAAGCUCGACUGACUGCGACUGCACUGCGUGCUGAGACUCAUGUUCACACCCUUUACUUUAGGGUUGGAAUGAGAUUCCUUUAUGUGACAACAGAAGGGGAAAAUAUGGUUCUGUCAUAACAUUUCUUUGUGAAUAACAGAAAGGGGUAGGAAAUUUGGGAAGAUGCAUAGUUUUAUAUUUAUAUCUACUUUUUCUAAGAAGCGUCUCUUUCUAAAAGCAUUUUAAAAUAACCUAACACUAUAAAUAUCUCCAAGAAUAGGGAUAUUCUCAGACAUGACCAUACAGUUUUUAAAAGAAAUUUACCAUUGGUUCAGUCUAACAUUUAAAGUAUAAUCCACUUCAGAUUUCUCAAAUUGUCUCCAAAAUAUCCUUUGUAGCACUGUUUGUGAUUCCAGAUCCAGACAAAAUGUAUGCAUUGCCUUUGGUUAUAAUCUUUCAUUUCUUUUAAUGUGUAACAGUUCCCCCUGCCCAUACUUUUUAUUUUUCAUGACAUUUUUUUCUUUUUUUUUUAAUUGGAAAUUUGCUCCUUUACAUAAUCUCUCUUGGUUUUUCAUGACAUUUUUAAGAGUUCUGGACAGUUUCCUUCAAAAUUCCAGCAGUCUGGAUUAUCAUAUUGUUUCCUUAUGGUGUGAUUCGGGUUAAACCUUUUUCCCAGACGAUGCUGUGUCACAUAGAAAGUCACACAGCAUUUUGCACUAUUGUUGGUGAUGCUCUGUUGGAUCCUUGGGCAAAUUGGUGGCCCCAGAUCUCCAGGCCUACCCCCCUUGUAUUGGUGAGUCGUCCAUGGGUGAGUCCUACAAAUGCCGUUCCCUAGCAGUCGGUGUUAAUCCACAGAUGAUCUCUGCCCAGUCAGUUACUGCAGUCCUGGUAACAAAGUAGGGAUCUCCUGGUUUCGUUGUGUGUUUUUUUCACUCCCCUCUUUUUUGCAGUACUAUUAUGGGCUUACUCUUUUCCCUUUAACUCUUUCAUGGCGGUGCCUAUUUUUUUUUUUAAAGUCCCCAUUUUUCCUGGCAAAGUAAAAUGUUCUGGGCUCAUGUUGAUACUUCUUGUCCAAAUCUGAGAUGAUCCACUUCCUCAAUGAAGCCUUGGAGACCUUCGGCAGGUGGUGGUGUCUGGGAAGCAGGAGAGGAGCCAAGCAGGCGCUGUUGCAGUGAGCGUGUCAGUGGGCGGGCAGCACAUGCGUUAGGUAGCAGCGAGAGCAGCAACACAGGUCACCAGAACACGUGCAGUAGUGAUGAAAGGGCGGGCAGUAUUGUGGGAGUGGCUGGAAUGCAGCACAGAGACAGGAAGUGAGCAGUGCUGUUGGCAGAACAGCAUUAAUAAACUCGCUCGGCACAGGGCUGCCACAGACCUUCAAUUUGUAAAAAGGCCGUGGUCUGGGAAGCACAGUAGGCCAAGGUGUGCCUGUUCCCAUCCCUUCUCAUAAACUCAGGGUGGGCUAGGGCUACUAAGCCAGCCACACUAGUGUGCACAAACCUGUUUUCAUUACAUUUAGGGGUGUAAAUAGUAACUACAUAAUUAAUAAUAAUAAUAAUAAUAAAACACUUAAAAAUGAAUAAGAUACAGAUAUGCCACAUUUCCCCAGAAACAAGACUGAAUCUUACAGUAAUUUUUGCUCCAAAAGACACAGGACAGCUUAUUUUCAGCGGAUGUCUUAUUUUUCAUAAACAAUCUAUAUUCAUUUAUUCAUGUAUAGAAAUCUGCAUUUAUUCAAAUACAGUCAUGUCUUCUUCUGGAACAUCAUCCUAACUCUCCAGACCCCGAAUUCUGGCCUGGAUUUCUUGUGACUCCAUUUCCUGAAGAACCAGCAACAGAGCUCUCCUAAAUGAGAGCUUCCUGUUCGUGUGGCCUGCUCAGAGUGCACAGGCAACACAGUUGUCAGUGAUUUUAUCCUGUGAGUUCUUCACCCAAGUCACAACCUCCUGCAGGGUGGCUUUGCAGCGUCUCCGUUAAAUCGAGUGUUAAUUGAAGACUUAGGAGGUAGGAGCAGCAAUGAAAACGAUGACAGUUAAGAUUGACGGUCCACACAAAAGCGAUGAAAAAUUGCUGGCACCAAAACUCAGAAAACAUUUCUUAUUUCACAGGAGUGCAUUAAGUGAAUCUGUUGCAACACAUGAUAUAUUGAAUUACGAAGAUUCAUAUUAGACAGUUCGUUACCAAGUGUGCGUGUUACUGGUGCAUUGUCUGUACUCUGGUCAAUUGGUCAUAAGUCUGGAGUUUGUCUACACAGGUGUUUACUUCUCAUACAAAGGCAUCCUCUUCGGUGUUAACAAAUAUUUAUAGUUUAUAUUUUUUAUUUUAAGUAUUAAUGUCAAUAUUUAUUUACAUUAAAUUAUAUAUUAAUAUUAUUUUAUAAGCCUCAGUACACCCAACGUGUGUUGCAACAGAUGUCCUAAAUGCAUCUGGCUAAUGAGCUUAACUGGAACUUAUUUUCAGGAAAAUAGGGUAUGAACAUGAUUUCUUUUCAGAAAACCUUCCCACCGAACCUGGCAGAAUGUUGAUCAGGAGACGGUAGUAUUUGAAAUCAACCAUGUUAUAGUCUGGUUUUUCUCCAGAUCAUAUAAAUCUCCUUUUACUGAAAUCAGCCAUGUUUUGGAAUUUAAAGAUGAAAAAGAUAAUUUAUAGAACUGAAAAGCUUUACUACUAAACCUGAAAGAAAUACCUGUGAAAAAUUGACUUUUUACAUAGGAGAAUGAAAUGUGAAAUUUUAAAAAAAUGCUUAGAAAAACUCAAAAUUAAGAAUAUAAUACAAAUCACAAAUCACAAAUCUUUGUUUCUCAAGUGAAAUAGAAAUAGGAAUCUAAUAUAAAAUGGUGCUAAUUUAACAAUUAUUCCAUUAUCUUUAUUCUUUAUUUGAUUUAGAAGGAGUUUUAUUUGGAUUUGAAGUCUCACAGCACACAUAAAGUUAGUUGCAUACUAUUUAGACAAAUUGAUUUAGGCCCAAGAUAGUGUUAAAUAGUGAACUUGCAGUAGUCUUUUCAUAUGGUCCUAGCAGAAGGAGACAAAUGUGUUUUUAUUUAACAUAAUAAAGAAAAAAGAAAGCCACUGAUUUUUGGUAUUUUGCAGUUAUUAAAGUAAUUUGAGGCCAAUCAUGCUGGUGCACAUUUAUAAUCCCAGCACGAGGGCGGCUGAGGCAAGAGGAUUGCCAUGAAUUUAAGGCCAACCUGGCCUACGUAGUAAGUUCAAGGCCAGCCUGAACUACAUGGUGAGAUCCUGUCUCAAAAAAACCCAGAAAAACAAUAAUUUCAAAGUGAUCCAUAUGCUCCCUUUUAAGACCCAGGGCAGAAAUCCAUCUUAAAUGUAAAUUCUAGUUGCUUUUUAAAUUGUGCCCUUUUCCAGGUGUCUUAUGAAGACGUGGAUCGCCUGAAAGGCCUGGCGGUCACUGAGAAUAUGCGGGUCCCGCACUUCCUGCAGGACCAUGAGCGGUACAGGGAGCACCUGGAGAAGAUCAUGGAGGUGAACAAGCUCACGGACAGGGAGCUGCGGGCCCUCAUCUAGGACCGGCACAGACCAGCUGGCCCGAGGGAGUCCCAGCUAGGUGCAGCAGCGCCAGUGGAUCCACAAGAAGAGAGAGGGACUUUUGACUUGACUUUUCUGAAGCAUGGUCCUCAGUGUUCAGCUGAAUUUUUAGGUUAAAUGCACACGGACUGUUUCCCUAAAAUGUUUCUGUGGGCUACAGAGCGAGGUUGUCCUGUUUGCAUCUCAGUCUUGGCAGAGUUGACUGAAAUUGCGCCUGCUAAGUGUUUCUGAAGACUCCUGGUUGCAUCAAGCGGUAAACUUCUGCCCCAGCACUGAGGCAACUCUAUGAUGGAGCCUGCCCUGCCCUGCCCUGCCCUGCCCUGCCCUGCACACUGCAAGUGGGAUUGUGCACUCUCCUUUGAACACUCAGUCUUGGGACGCUCCAGAAAGCCAGCUACAGCUCAGAUUUCUUAUUUCUCUUAUAAGUUAAAGUUAAGUAAUGUUAAAGGAAGGGGAAAAGCUAUUUGAAAAGUUGUCCUUAAGUCCUUUAUUUUAUACAGUAUUAUUUCACCUUCUCAGCUUCUAGAAACUCAAUUAGAAAAUUGUGUGUGCUCCACCACCCAGCUACAUCCCCAGCCUCUUUUUGCCUGGUUUUCUCUUAACUAAACCCUUUUCACUUCCUGAAACCUAUUAUGCCCCUCUAAAACUUAAAAACUUUAAAAGUUUUAAGGUUCUUCCCUCUGCAUUAUUUUAUAGAAAUGAUAAGAAUAUGUUCUGCACAAAUCAAAACGGCUGGGGAAGGGGAAAGCUGCUCACUUCUUUGGGAAUAUGUCCCAAGGAGGGGACAGAGAGCCUGACCUAGAACCUAAGGUCAACUUGACCAUGCUCAGCAAUCAAAUCUGCAGGCAUUUCCACCUCAUCGCCUGGCCUUGUGACACACACUCGGUGUCCCUUGUCCCAGUCUGUGACCUCAUCCCCCAGUGCCGAUGUGAAGUAAGCUCCACAGUGAGAGUUGUUUGUGUACUUCUGCUGUCAGCAUCCACACCUCACUUUGCAGGUGGUUUAGUUUAUACUUGGCUGUGCAUACUGGGAAUCAGAUAGCUCUUGAACAACUUACUCUAAAGAUCAGAAAGGAUCCAUGUUCUGAGUUGCUACUGCGAUCUCUACCCAAAGCCCCCUGAGAGUGCUCUAUACCUUGUUCAGGCCAAACCCUGGUGCUCACCCAGGUAGCUUCAUACUGCAAAGCCUGGUCCCUUUCGUGCUAGAAGUGAUCAUAGGAAACCUUGUGCAGCUGGGGUGAGAGCUUUUUGAAAGGCUUGCCUCAGAGCAGGAUGUUACACACCCAGGAGAGACGAGCUGGUGCCUGCCAGGUCCUCUGGAGCGCAGAAAGCACCACCUUGCACCUUCCUGACUUCGGGUCUAGCACCUCUGUUCCGGGAGGCAGCAGGGCCACGAUGCCUGCCAUCACCUUGAGCACCUGUCCUUGCGGCAGAGUCAGGUACUUCCAGCUCAGUGUAGUGUUUUCUGACUUUGUCUUAAAACUCUUUGAAGGUGAUUGUGGAAGCCAUGUCUUAUAAGUAUAGACAGAAAUGGCAAUACCGUACCUGUGUCCUGUGACUUAAGCCCAGAUGCUUGUAAAUCCAACAUAUGCAGGCAGGAACACUGCUAAUCUUACGGUAUAGUUUAAAGAAAAAUCACAGCAGCCUUAAUUUCCUACUGGGAUAUUUUGCAGUGGUCCUAGCCCCUAAAAUUUUUUUUUUUUCUGGUAUUGGGGAUCAAGCUCAGGUCCUUGAGCUUGCAAGGCAGGUGGCGAAACCACUGAGCUAAAUCCCUGGCCCAAGCCCCUAAAUUUUAAAGUGGGUAGAUACUGUCUUUGAUUUGGAAAAGGAACUGCUUUCUUGCCUUACUGUUUUGGUAGAGAGAUACAAAAACAUUCAGUAGACAAAAAAUGACCUUCAAUCACAUUGAUUGUCGUUAAAAUGUUUUAUAAUUUAGCGGUGAACCAAAAGUAGCUUCAGAUAGCAGAAAUACUUUAAAAGUGCUUUCAGCUUUUAAAUUGAGCUUGAAGCUGAAAUAGAAGUCAGAUCUGUUUUGUUCCCCAAAAUAAAAAUUUUAAUGAACAGAACAUUUUAGCGACAGUACCUACCUACUUGAAGACCUACUGACUUUAACUGUAAUAGUGGAUAAUUAGGAUUUCAUCAGUUUUGUCCACUAUAAUUCUUACAGUUGGACCAAGUAAAUAUUUUGAUAAACUGGUAAGUUUUAGCAUCAGAUGAAUUUAAAGUAAAAUUGUUUGCAAACAUAAAUCCAUAGUUUUCAUUUCUUUAUAUUUUCACUUUUGUAAAAGUGCUUAACAUUUCUAUUGUAUAUCUCUGGGCAUUUUGUGUUGAGUUAUAAUAAAAACAAGUAGCACUGAGGUUCCCAAAUGAAGUAUGUGGACAUAUACUGUAUGCAUGUCAACUUCCGUUCUCUGAAAGCCAAAUUAUAUUUUUAUUGUGACCUUU